GGCUCCCUCCUGCCGAUGAGUCGUACAACGUUUGCUAGAUCGUGUGAACGCAGUUGUUUCGUCAGCGACGAUGCAGCUUAGUGGACCGUGAUAUUUUCAGAAAUUUCAUAGUCAGAUCGUCGGAACGUAAUUCUCGAGCAACGUCUUACAGGUUAGGUUGCUCUAUUUCCUGAGUCAAAAUGGAAUCAAUGGACGCGCGCCUUGUUGCGCAGGCAUUAAACUACCAUGGUCAGCAGUUGCAGAAAGUGUGGGAAGGAGAACGCAACGAGAAUGAGUUGGCUAUGCUCAAUCUCAAGGAACCCAAUUUUGAAAUUUAUCAACAGAGACAGAAAACACUUAGCUUCGGAGAUAGAGGAAAAAGACUGAAGCUUCAGCAAUUCCUCGCUAAGAAAGCAGAUGCUCUUUAUGAUAAAGCAAAUCUUGAGAAGACUAUAGAGCCUAUUAAGCAAGAAUUAGGAGAUGAAGAGUUUUAUGCAACAAUGCCAGGACUCGAUACUUUUGUCACUAUGGAAAAGUCUCAACGUAUCAGAAACUUCUUGGAAAGUUUAGUUGUCGGAGAUGUAAUUUAUGCACAAGUGAUGAGUAAAAGUGCUCCUGGUCUUCUUCUGAAGGUUCUUUGCAACUGCUCUGAUUGUCCUAGAGUUGUUACUGAGUUAGGAGUAAAGGUUCUAAUAUUGAAUACGGCCACUGUGCCGGCGGUGGACAAGAAAGGUGUUACAAGAGGCUACAUGGCAAAUGAUCUCGUCUGCGUCGUAGUCAGUGAAGUUAACGUUGAGGCGGAACGAGUCGUUGCAGUAAUGAACAUGCCUGCCCGCGAGGGCCAAGCCCCACAUCCACCUAUGGGUCUUAUUCAUUCUGAUGAUCUUCCAGAAGCUUAUAAGAAAGCUGUGGACAACAAAGGUCAGAGUUAUGAAACGCUCUUGGAGAAUAGUACUGGCUUCAACAACCCAAACAACAUAAAAUAUCUUUGUGACUUGAUGGGUCUAGGGCAAGAAAAUCAUUCUAACAUGGUUGGCCUAAGAGAACGUUUUCCUCCCAAUGAAUAUGCAUCAGAAUUGAGACAGGCACAAGCAAGCAAGUGGGCAUUCCGAAGUGUUGCCGAAGGAAUAGAUCACUUCAAAGCUGGCCGCCAUUCUGAAGCCUUUCAGUGUCUUAAUAAAGCACUAUCAGUUGACCCAAGAAAUGUUGAAGGCUUAGUUGCUAGAGGAGCAUUAUACGCGAACAGCGGUAGUUUCAAGAAAGCGAUCGACGAUUUUGAAACUGCUUUGAAACUGAAUCAAACUCAUGCGAAUGCUCGUAAAUACAUGGCCGAAACUCUGGUAGCACUUGGACGCAGUUACGAAGACGAAAAGAAAUAUGAUGAAGCUCAGAAAGCUUAUGAAAAUUGCUUAGCUAUAGCACCAUAUCAUGAAGAGGCACGAAAUUCUAUCGAAUAUAUCAAGUCAAAGACUAACGUCUUCUUGAAUCCCCUUGAUACGUUUAAAAGUUUCGAAACUGAAAACGACGUUGGCGACAAUAAAAAGGAGAAAAAGAAACGUAAGAAGGAAAGAAAAUCUCGAUCAAAAAAAAGACAAAGAUGGAGCUCCAGUUCUAGUUCGUCGUCGAGUGGAUCAUCGAGUACAUCUAGUUCGGAUUCGAGCAGUUCCUCGUCUUCUGGGAGUUCGCGAUCUGCAUCUCGUUCGCCAAGCAGAAAACGGAAACAUAAGAAAGAUCAUCGUGGAUCACUUUCGCCUCUUAGCAAGCGAAUGGCUCAAUACAACAAUCCUCCGGCUGCUACAACCGCCGCUCAUGAUGUAAUUGCACCAGUUUCUUAUAAUGCUAAUACUCGAGAAAAGAUGGAUGAUUAUGAAAUUAAAGUGCGCAAGUUUUUGGAACAAACCAAGGAUGAUUCAGAUUACGAAGAUAAGGUAAGGAAGUUCUUGGAAGAAACUGCAAGAUGGAAGAGAGAAAGGGAAAAGGAAAAGAAGCAUUCGGAAAGUGAAAAAAUGAAGAAAAAGAAGAAAAAGGAGAAGAAAGGAAAGGAUAAGGAGAAGGAGGAUAAGAAGAGUAGAAAGAAGAAGAAGAAAGAGGAACGAAAGAAGCGUAAAAAUAAGGAUAAACUUGAAAGAGAUUUGGAGGCAUUGAAAAAGUCGUCUUUACCAGAUUUGGAACAACUCGAAUCGAAACUAAAUGCUUAUUAUGCGAAAGUUGAAAAAGAAACAGCUGUCCUAAAAAGGUAUGUAGCACAGUAUAAUGACAUACCUUCCCCUCUUAGCAACGCGGAGAAGCUCGCGGAGAGCUCACGCAGGGAGGAGGAACUACGUAGAGAGAGGGAAAGGGAGAGAGAUGAGGCAUCAAAAGCGUAUCAUGAACGAGAACCCAGAAUACCUAUGACCGCUCAGCAGCGUAAAGAAAUUCAGAGGAAGCCUUUAACGGACAUUUUUGAACAAGAGUCACAGUUAAUUCAUCCUGAACCUAAAGUACCUACUUUAGAUACAGCUGCGUUAAAUGCUAAAUGGAAGGCUGCUCAAGCGGCUAGUGACGAAGACGAUGACAACGAGUUAGAGGAGAAACUGCAGCGAGCAGCGUUAGAAAAGUCAUUGAAUAUUCGUAAACAGAUGCAACGAGAAUUGGCGGAGAAGAGAGCAGCAGCUGCCCAACCGAUGUCUGCCCCUACACCACCGCCACCAUUACCUAAGGAACCUCCGAUACCGAAACAAGCACCAGUGAAAUAUCCUACUCCGCAACCGCAGAACAAGUUUCAAUCUUACAAGGACCCUACUAUAUCAGUACCUCAAGGUACACCGAAUAAGUUCAGCUCCGGCAGCAAUCUCGGUGGUAAAUUCCAACCGAUCGGUCAAUGUCCUGGAAGUGGAGGUGGCCAUCCACCGGAACCUCCGCGUCCACCGCCACCAGCAAAGAAUCAGAAUCAGGCUAAAGGGCCAAGAACGGAUUCCGAUAGUGAGACUGAUCGACAGCACAGACAGACGCCUAAGAAACGCGAAUCAAGUGGUAGAGGAGGUGGUACGGUUUCCAAGAGAAUGAGCAGAGACAGACCAGGAAAACGUUCUCGUAGUAGAUCUCGCAGUGCAUCCAGUUCUGGUUCCUCGAGAUCUCGAUCUCCAAGGCGAACACGUUCGCGUUCUUAUUCCAACAGAAGAUCCGGCAGUUACGAAAGAAAAUACAGCCGUUCGCCGUCCGGUACAUAUAGUCGAUCAAGGUCAAGAUCACGAUCAAGAUCUUAUACUAGGAGUCGUAGUCGCAGUAGGUCCGGCGACAGAGGCUAUUAUCGCAAGAGACAGUUUCGUUUGUACAAUAAUCGUGGGACUUAUUACAAGCCACGCUUUCAAGGCUUUAACAAUCCUAAUCAUCGUGGCGGUGGCAAUAACUUCCAAAACAGAAAUCGAUUCUACAAUAAUCAACACAACAAUCGUUUCGGCAAUAGACGUGGCGGUGGAUUCAACAAUCGCGGCGGUGGACGUGGACGUGGUGGCAACCGUGGUGGUAGAUUUUUCCACGGUAAGCAGGGCUUCCGCGAUUUCAGGGACAGGCGAGACUUUAGAGAUCGUCGGGCAGUAUCACGCGAUAGAUAUAGCGAUCGCAGUUAUUCACCCGAUCCAAUGAGAAAAGUUGACGAAGCCAAAGAGAAAAUCAACAAGAUGCUCGAAGGCGGUGACGACGUAAUGGAUCAUCAGCAAGGUGCCGGAGGAUCAAGCGUUCCUCCCAAUAAGAGACAAGAUGGACCUCUGAGCGAGGGCGAAGAACGCGAUGAUGAUGACUACGAGAGGUGGGGAGAGGGAGAGGGGGGCGACGCGGCUAACAAGAGCGAGGAAGUUGGAGCUGUCGACGAUAACCUGGAAGGCAAGGAGUACUUCAUUGAACGCAUGAAGCAGCGAAGCAAGAAUGUAUUAAUGCAGAGAGCCCUUGCAGCUAAGAUUUGGUAGAUAUGCGUGCCGUUGCCGACGCUGUUUCUUCUCUUCUCCUUCGUCUGUGAUAUUCUCUAUUUCCUCACGUUGGCUGUGCCUAGUCACCAGCGAUCGACCAAUUCACGUGAGAUAAUCUUUUAUAAUUUUUCGUACCGAUAACGUGCGGUACAUAUACAUAAAUAUUAUCAGAUAAUAAAUAUCACGGACGUUAAUUAUUGAAAUUAUUAACUGGCGGCCAUUAUGAUCGUUAAGAAUCCUUUUAUCUUAAUUACCAACGAACUCUUUCUCGUUCGUCCUUUUUUGCGGAUAUAUCAUUAAAUGUAUAAUAUCGAGACGAUCGUGUAUAGUUUAUUAUUAUAUAUCUACGUUUCAUCCGUAUUCGUAAAUAAAAUCGUACGAGACAUUC